CGCUCCGUCUCUUCUCGAACUUCAUCGAUGAUCUUGCCUGAACAACACCAACACCACCAACAACACAAAACAACACAACCAAGAAUGAUGCACAAUUUUACAGGAAUUACCAACAGUUGAGCCGCAAUGAUAGAACUUUCGGCAAAUUGGAAAAAGCUGCAAGCCAAGAUCAAGGCCGAGUCGGCCUCGAAGCCUGCAGCACCGAAACGAAAAGCGGACGACAGCGUUCCUGACCAGGCCAAGGAAGGGCCGAAGAAAAGAAGGAAGCAGCAGCAGGACCGGGGGCGGAAACCGGCUCAGCUGUCGAGGGAUUCCUCAAAAGGUGACCAGCCCAAAGCCAAACCGUCGAUGGGCAACACGCAAUCCUCCAAGAUUGACGCCGUACCCCCCAAACACGGCAUCUCGCCCUCGCUCGCCGUCUGGGCAGCGGACAACGACAUCUCGCCAGAGUCCAUAGCGGAAGCUUAUGGCCUCGGCCUCCAAGCCAACUCCCUGCUCUCGACGGACAACCCGGGCCGCCCAAAUGAAGGACUAGCCCCUGAGGUCCAGGUUGGCAAGUAUAUCGCCAUCGACUGCGAGAUGGUCGGGGUGGGAGACGGCGGGUAUGAAGAUGAGCUGGCGAGGGUAAGCGUGGUGGACUUCCACGGGAAGCAGGUUUACGAUUCUUACGUGAAGCCGCGCCGACGCGUGGUCGACUGGCGGACCCAUGUCAGUGGCGUGGCACCGAAGCACAUGGCAAACGCAAGGACAUUCGACGAGGUUCAGGCGCAGAUUUCCGAGCUUCUGAAAGGGCGGAUUGUGGUGGGACACGACGUCAAGCACGAUCUGCGGGUGUUGGAGUUGGACCACCCGGGCAAGAUGAUCCGGGACACGGCCAAGUUCUCCGGGUUUAGGAAGUACGGGAACGGGCCGAAGCCCGCGCUGCGGGUUUUGGCGCGGGAGCUGCUGGGCGUCGAGAUCCAGGCGGGGAAACACUCGAGUUUAGAGGAUGCGCGGGUUGCAAUGUUGCUGUUCAGGAAACACAAGCCGGCGUUCGACGUGGAGCAUGCCAACCGGUAUCCGGACGAGGCGAAGUCGAAACCGAAGAAGGGCAACAAGGGGAAGAAGACGAAGAAAAAACGCUGAUCAAUGCUGCUCGUCAUGCUUAUGCCACUCCUAACGGCUCACACUACGCAACCGUUGUGUGUAACCGUUGUGUGUGUCCGACGUGUUCGAUCACCAAUGAGGAAGAGGAAAAGCCCACUACACGAUCCGACUUGGCCAUGAAGUUCCCUGUGCCAUCGUUACCGGAGCCAUCCAUCACCGAUUCUUAGAGGGGAAUACCCUCCAUCAGUUCCAUGGCACCCUCUCUGCCGACGGUGAUGAUGACGUCGCCAAGCGUCUUGGUCAGAAAACCGGCCUCACAGUACGAGAAGUAGUACUAGCUUGUCAGCGAAAUAAUCAGUCACCUGGGUG